AUGACCGGGCUAACGCAGGCAAUGCUUGAUGGCCUCGUGCCAAUACCUGUGAGGUAUUCUGGCGGCUACAUAGCCCUAUCAUACGUUGUCAGUGCCACGGGCUCAAUCACCUGCCUCGAAUUGCUGCACCGUAGAUCUUCACGAUCUGGCUUGUUCAAUUGUAUGGGAGGAAUUGGUAUCUGGAGUAUGCAUUUCAUCGGAAACCGAGCAAUUCUUCUCGGAGACGGCUCCGAUGCAGACCAAAUAUCGUACAACAUCCCCUUUACAAUGGUCUCCUUGGUUUUGCCAAUUAUUGUACUUUCGACUGCAUUUUAUGCCAUUUCCUUUGAAGAGAAACCCGGGGCUGUACGUCUUUUAUCAGGUGGUUUUCUGACCGGAGCGGCUGUUUGCGCCAUGCACUAUAUCGGACAGCUCGGAAUUUCCAACUAUCAUUGUUCGUAUGCGGCGGGGAACAUUGUCGGUGCUGCUCUCAUAGCAACUGUCGCUGCCACCAUUGCCCUGAGCGUUUUCUUCAGAUGGAAAGCUUCCUGGACCAACAGUUGGUGGCGUCGAAUGCUUUGUGCGGGUCUUUUAAGUAUAGCAGUUUCAGGCAUGCAUUGGACAGCUACUGUUGGUACCAGUUACCGCCGUAUUCCUGGUGUGUCUGGAUUAGGACAAUUGUCUCGAAGCCAGACUGUCAUUAUUUGCGCCGCGUUGUCUUUCUCGGCCUGUUUCAUUCUCUCAAUUUGCGCCAUCAUAGCCGGAGGUAAUCGACGUCGAUCAACUACUCGAGCCCGGCAAUUAGUCUUGUCAUGCGCGUUCUUCGAUUCCUCAGGACGUAUCAUGGUAUCACCGCAAAUCUUCCUCCCAACGCGCAAAGUGGUAGAUCGGUAUCUCAACAGGUCCAUGAAAGACGACGACUUUAGCCGUACUCAUCCCGCUUUCUUAUGGGCGUUUCGUGCCUCACGAAGCUGGAAUUUGAUCAAGGGCAUUAUCCCAUCUAUGAAGGGCACUCUGCAGAAUAAUGAUACCCAAAUCAAACGACUGAUCAAUCAGCAUGGCUUGGUAACCGACGCCGAGCAAGAUUCCGAAUUCAAUUUCGAAACAGUUUUCAAGCAUUUCUUUUGCAUAUCAGCUCAGAGUCUCGCUGAUGAAUUGCGCCAACCACUCUCGGGCCUCGGGGAGCUCUACCACGAAGUCUUAUCGACCGUUACGCAAGUCUCGAGGUUCGAGCUGGGGUCGAGAUCUAUGCCUAAAAUUGGAAAGGGACAGCUCAUGUUUACCGUUCGUCAAUUGAAUGACCACGAAGCAUCACGGUUUAUGGCAAACGGGUUUAGUUUUGCCCCGAUAGAGCGUGUUACUGAUGUCCUAUCACGUCGCCUCCAUUUGCCACCAACGGAACUGUCUGUCCAUCUUUACGACAUGCGAGCAUACGCUUGCACCGAAAGGGGCUACCCGCCAGGAGUUCAUCUCGUCACGUUUGCCAUGCGUCCCACAGUACAAGAGCACUUCGAGGUCCUCACUCAGAUGGGCAGCGAGAUUACGUUGCCUAGUUCUACGCUCCCGGUCUCUUCUCUCAGCAAGAGCGAUUUGAAACUGCUCGAUUCGAUGGACGAAUGCGGCCUGACAACAUGUCUAAAGCAAUUGGUGUCCGUGAAGAGCACGAUUGGCAGCAAUGAUAGCAUGAGCAGUCUUGACAGUGCUACAACAGCGGUUGCAGACGAGUCAUUCCCCACGCACUUGUACCGAGCCAUGCUUGAACUGAUGACGAUUCUGCCCGAGAAUAUCGCAUCCGCUGUACGGUUCUCCUCAAAGCCGCUCCUUGCACCCUGUCACAGACAGUCACCAUCCGACCCGGAACAAUGUACCCUGAUCUGUUUCCGAGUUGUCUCUACAUUGGACAUUCGAGUUUCAGACCCAAACCUCACUUUCACCCCGCUUCGACUGUUUCGGACCCAGGAGCAAGUAAACGACAAAAUAGCAGAGCGCGAACGCUUCAUCCGCGAGCUAAAUGCCGAAUUUGCAUCGUACUCGGCACAGUCAAUAGCCAACCCGCAGGACGAAGCCAAGAGGACAAAGACGAUGGGUAUUUUUCAAAGCAAGUUAUGGAGUCGUUUUCAAAGCGGAACGACCAGAAAAACUCAAGCACCCGGCCACGUCCGGCAUGCUAUUUCGCAGGAAUCCCUUGUACAUACAAGGCAGUCGCAGUCGCAGGCGCAAGAGCAGCAGCAGCAGCAAGAACAAACGUCCGAACUGUCUGCAGCGUCUCCCACAACGAAAAAGAACUCCUUCAAUCCAUUCCUUAGGGAGAUUCUCGUCAGCAAAGAAGUGACAGUAGACGUGGCGCGCCUGGACGAUGUCGAAUUGUCGAAUAUGCCGGUAAAGCGCACGUCGUCAAUACACACAUCUGCGUCGCAGCCCAUCACGGAGGCGGAACACGUGACCUAUUCGACGGUGUCGCUGGCAGGCGCCGAGCGAAAGACGAUCAUCGAGGGGGGUCUAGCCCGCUUCGGCACGACGUAUGUCGAUGAGCUGUACGCAUUGUGUAUGCCGAGGGAGGUCCGCAUGCGCUACUGA